AUGUCAGUUGCCCUUUAUUUGGAGUUUUUGUUACAGCAGAGUAUCCCCUACUCCACACUUGAACCAGCCUGCUAUGGUAUAAACUGGGCACACGAUUUGCAUGGCUUUCCAAGUCCUUCUGAUUCUAAAUUGGUAACAAUUAUGCUCGAGGCUGCAAAGGGGGAACUUGUAAAACCUGUUCAAGAAAGAACCUGUUACUCCGGAGAUGAUUUUAAGGAUAUAUGACAGGUUUGCGGGUCCCAACGUUAAUCUAUCUCAUCUUCACUCAGCUGCAAUUUGCGUGACUGUCUAUUCGGCUUUCCUCCGUCACAACGAGUUAGCUGGCCUUCGUUGUUCUGACGCUAGUUUUUUUCGAUGCAUUUGUGAAGAUUUAUUUAUUCAAGAGCAAAACAGAUGUUUAUAGGGAUGGCACCCAUCUGUUGGCAAAGUCAGGCUCAGUUUCUUGUUCUGUUCACAUGCUUUACAGAUACGUCCGUGCCGCUAAUUUAGACUUGUCUUCUUCGUUGCCGUUUACUCGCUCUUUACAUUUUAAUAAAGCUACGUCUUUUUAUAAUUUGCGUUCCACGGGUAUGAGUUAAACCCGAACUGGGGAAAUAGUUUCACAAGCGUUUGCGGAACUAGGCACACUUGUUUGGUUCACACAGUUUAAGAGCAAGAGGUGCUUCUGCAGCCGCCAACGCAGGCGUCAGUGAUCAACUCUUUAAACGUCACGGCAGAUGGAAGACAGAUCGAGCCAAGGACGGCUAUAAUAAGGAUAAUGCAGAGUCUUUAUUCUCAGUAUCUAGAAGUUUGCAUACUUAG